AUGUCAUCAGAUUAUAAUAAUAUAAAAAAUUUAUGUGAAACCAUUAUUUUCAAAAUAUCAAAAACUUUAAACAAUAAGGAUAAUGAUGAUAAUUUAUUGGGAAAAAAAGAUGGAAUAUUUGAUUGUGAUAAAGCAUCGAUUUAUUUAUUAAACCAAUGCAUUAAAGAUUUGAAAAUAUAUUUUAGUAGUGGUAGUGAUAGUAAUAAUGAUGACGAUAAUAACAAUGUUUUAAUAAAGGCAACUUCAUUAAUUGAUUUAGCAUCUGAAAAACUAUAUUCGUUCCCAUAUAAAGAUGUAGCAAUUUGUUGGUUACGUUUGUACACAGAUGCAAGUUUAAUAAAGAGUAAUUUGGAUAUGGCUUUAGUGAUGACAAAUGCUCCUGGAUAUGAAAGAAAAGAAUUGAUAUUUAGUUUUAUAGAAGAAGUACAGAAAAUCUUAAAAGGAAUUGACGAAAAUCAUGUUCUUUAUAAUCAUGAAUCUUCUUCUUCAUCAAAAAAACGAAAAAAUCGGUUGGUACCGGUGGAAAUAGGAGCUAAAUAUACCGAUAAUUCUUGGACACAAAAACUAAUCAGCUUUGAAGAAUUUGUAAAUAAUUGGAUAUUAUCAAAUGAUCUUAUUGAAAAUUAUAACACUGACAAUAAAAUAGAAGACAGAAAAGAAGAAGCAAAAGUAGUAAAUAAAGAACAAAAAGAAAUAGCUUAUUUAGCUCAACAUAAUUUGUUUGAUCAAAUUCCUAGUCUUAAAGAUGACAUAUUGAUCCCUGAUUAUUGUUUUGUAAAUACAGUCAUACCUUUUUCAAACCUUCCUUCAUCCACAAACAAUUCAAAUGAUGUUGAUGAUGAUUACAAUAAUUGUAAAGGGAAUGAGAACAACCAAAAACCAAGAAAAUAUAACCCUCCUCCUGAUGUUAUUAUAAAUGCAUGGUUUGGACCAAAAGGAACCAUUUCACCCAUGCAUACCGACCCCUAUCAUAAUCUUUUAGCUCAAGUUGUAGGAAAAAAAUAUAUAAGAUUGUAUUCGCCCGAAGAAACUACCAAUCUAUAUCCUUUUGAGCAAGAUGGAUUUCUUGGUAACACAAGCCAAGUUGAUGUAGAAGCGCCAGAUCUUGAACGUUUUUCUCGAUUUGCUUCAGCUAAAUAUCAAGAAUGUAUUUUGGAACCCGGAGAACUGUUGUAUAUCCCACCUGGCUGGUGGCAUUAUGUAAAAUCAUUAACCAUAAGUUUCAGUGAAAGAAUAAUAUUCUGA